UCCCCCACCUCACCCGCCCACCCCUCCAUCCUCCAUCUCUUCUCUCUCCUCUCGACAAGCGGCAGGAUGGACGUCGUAAAUCAGAUGGUGGCCCAGGGUCAGUUCAGGGUGCUGAAGGUUCCACUGGGCUUCAUUAAGGUCUUACAGUGGUUCUUCGCCAUCUUUGCCUUCUCCACCUGCGGCAGUUAUUCUGGGAUGUUCCGGAUGUCAGUGGAGUGUAAGAACCGGACAGACAGCGACCUGAGCAUCGAGGUGGAGUUUGAGUAUCCGUUCAGACUUCACCAGGAGCACUUUGACGCCCCCACCUGUAAGAGCGGGGACAAGGAGCGUCUCUUCCUGGUUGGCGACUACUCUUCCUCGGCCGAAUUCUUCGUCACCAUCGGUGUCUUUGCCUUCCUCUACUCCACCGCGGCUCUCAGCAUCUAUGUCUUCCUCUUCGAAAAGUACAAGGAGAACAACAAGGGCCCCCUGAUCGACCUGGGAGUGACUGCAGUUUUCACCUUCAUGUGGCUGGUGAGUUCGGCGGCCUGGGCCAAAGGUCUGUCAGAUGUGAAGACGGCGACCGAUCCGGACAAAGUGCUCACUCUCAUCUCAGCCUGCGACGCCGAGGAGAAUCAAUGUCGCGAAGUCCACGAUCCAGUCAUGUCUGGACUCAACACCUCUGUGGCUUUUGGUUUCAUCAACCUGGUCCUGUGGGCUGGAAACCUCUGGUUCGUCUUCAAGGAGACUGGCAUCAUCGCUCCCUUCAUGCGGGCUCCUCCUCCUCCUCAGGAGAAACCUGCUGCACCAGAAGCCUACGGCCAGCAGGGAGCGUACGAACAAGACCCGUACGCCAGCAACCAGGGAGGAUACCAGCCCGACUACAGCCAGCAGGGAUACAACCAGGAUGCAGAGUACGGUCAGGGCUACGGCCAGCAGGGGGCGCCCACCUCCUUCUCCAACCAGAUGUGAAGUGACAGAGAGCAGAGAAAGCAUCGGAGUGAACCAAGUGUGGGUCGCCUGCAACCUACCCACAAUGCAACGCUCCAGUCUGUCUGCAUAGUUAAUGGGAAGGGUGAGGGAGGGGAGGGCUAAGGGUUGGGGAGUUUAGAUGUUCAAUAUAAUGAGUCGAUGUGUAAAUUAUUAAAAAGAGAGUUAUAAAUAACAAAUCCACAACUUGAACAAAGCACUAGAACAACAAAAACAACAACCACUAAGGCCGACAAACCUUCUGAAACCAGUGACCAUGUGGAUAAGAGUUAAAUUCAUAUUAAAGUCAAGAACCCGUGGAGAGAAUGUAUGUUUGUGUUGUAUAGAUAUCCCCUUGAACAGAUAUAUAUUAUAGACUGAACUGUUUCUUCAUGUUUCCUAUUGAACCCAAGGACCUGCUCCAUCCCCUGUUGUAUGCCCCCGCUCCCAACAGCAACAAACCAGAUUCACAUCGGCCAAUCACGAAGCCGUUCAGACUGGGUUCACACAGAUCAGAUCCAAAACAGAUUUGAACCAAAUCAAAACCAGCUCAAACUGGAUCCAACCCGCCGACCCUGCAUCUUCCAGCGUCACCUCCCAGCUGUUUGCUGUUUGUCUUGCUGCAUGUAAAUAUCAACACAGGAAGUGAUGUCAUUCUGGAGGUGCAGUUAACCCAGUCUGGACUCCAGCUUCUUGUCGUCCCCGGGUGAAAACUGGAUCCAAAAUGGCUCCUUGGCACCACAGUUUGCACAGUUUGUGUGUUUAUUAAUGCGCUGAGCUGGAGCUUCGUUCUGCUGUUACAUUCCUGCGGCUGAUUCACAUCAGAUUAUAUCAGAUUAUCUGUGGAGAGGACACAACACUGCAGAAACAGCCGUCUAAAUUAUUAUUACUCAACCAAACAGGAAGCAGAUGAUUCUAUUGGUUUUUACUGCACUUUGUUGAACUUCAGCAUAUGUCCAGCCGAAGUCUGAAAUUACGUUCAUGUUCCGACCAUUUUAAAUGAAGUUAUUGUGACAGUAAAUGCUGCAUUAACGUAAGUUUCACUACCGUUGGCUAGUGAUGCUGUGCCAGUCAGUUAUAUCAACAUUAACCCACAUGUUAAAAUGAAAUGCAUAAAUAAACGUUACACUUUUCAAACGGAUGUUUCUGUCAGCAAACGGACAGUGUACUUGUCUUCUCCGCAGCCAAUCAGCAGCAGCCGUGAGCUGUUUUUGUCUGAAAAAGUCUGAAAAAAAAACCUUGAUGCUUCUUCUUCUUUGGUUGUUUUUCUGAAAGUGAAACUGUUUUGGGCGUCGGUAUCUUCCUCCGCAUGGUGACGUGUUUCCUGCUCGUGUUGUUCAGUGACUGAUAGGUGUGAUUCUACUUCCUGUUCUCCUGUACAGGUGUGUGUGAGUGUGUGUGUUACCUGUCCAUACUUCUACAGUAUAUUUCUCUAUCACUCUCUUUUUUUUGUCAUACAUUUUUCUUUCUUUAAUCUCGUCAUCACUUUUUAUUUCUUUCUCCAGUCUUUUCUUUUUCUCUCAAUCUUUCACUUUUCUUCUUUUUCUCUUUUUAAUCCUUCCCUCUGUCUUCUUUCCUUUUACAUUUUUUCCUCCUUUUUUUCUUCUCCUACUCUUUUCCCAUUUUCUUUUCUCUUAUCACCACCCCUUUUCUGCCACUCGUUCUUCUUGUUGUUCUUUGUGACUCUCCUCUCUGCCUCUGUGAUGUAACUUCCUGUAUCAUGAUAUUCUACUAAGCAUCCGUAACCAUGACGAUGGUUUUGACAGUGUUGAUGAUGAUGAUGUAUGUGUGACUUGUUGCUAUGGAGACCCCCCUACCCCCUCUUGUGUUAAUUCAGUGGAAAAUUUCAAUAAACAACAAACCUGUCUCUGA